AUGAAUCGCGAAGGUCCAAAGGCACUUGGUACUCGACCAGAACCUGUAGGUGCACCCAAUUGCUUAAACAAUAUGACUUUUGUUAUAUCUGGUGAAUUUGAAACGCUGACCAAAGAGCAAAUAAGAGAUAUUGUUAUGCGCUACGGAGGUCGUGUAACAAGUGCAGUCAGUGGCAAGACAACCUAUUUGCUGCGUGGUCGAGAUGCAGGCGAAUCUAAAUUAGCAAAGGCUAAACAAAUUGGCACUAAAGUAUUAGAUGAGGAUGGAUUUUAUCAGCUUGUAGAGUCUUCUUCACCAAAGGAAAUCAAACAACCCAAUAUUUCUUCUAAACCAGCAAAAGAAGCUGACAAAAAAGUGGCACCGACGAAAGCAUUGUCAGGUUCAGUAGAUACUAAAGGCAAACAGCCCGAAGCAAAAGUAACUGGCGUGACCACUGAAACAAGCUUAUGGACGGACAAAUACAGACCCAAGACCAUUCAAGACAUUAUUGGUAACAAGGAAAUGGUGAAGCGUAUCAACGACUGGCUUGCCAAUUAUGAUAGUCAUAAGAAGGCAACCUCUUCACAAGUGGCUGGUGACUCUGAUAUCCAUUCCUAUCGUGCUGUCUUGAUUAGUGGACCGCCUGGUAUCGGCAAGACUACCACAGCCCACGUCGUAGCAGAAACAAAUGGCUACGAAGCUUUAGAAUUCAAUGCAAGCGACGUACGUAAUAAAAAAAUUCUCGAGCAAAACUUGUCAGAGAUGAUGGACAACAGAACCAUGACCGAGUUCUUUCAAGCGGGCAAACCAAAGGCAGCAACAAAGCCCAAGGGAAAAAAAGUUGUCUUGAUUAUGGAUGAAGUUGAUGGCAUGUCUGCUGGUGACAGAGGAGGUGCUGCUGAACUAGCUGCAAUGAUUAGAAAGGCAAAGAUACCAAUUAUUUGUAUCUGUAACGAUGUCAGGUCACCCAAGGUUGGCCCAUUGUUAAGAGUUUGCUUUGAUGCGAGAUUUAAACGAACACCUGCAAAUCAAAUUCGACCUAAACUUAUGUCAAUUGCGUUCAAAGAAAAGCUUGAUAUCAAUCCCAAUGCUAUUGAAGAGCUGGUGUCUACAACACAAAACGAUAUUCGACAAAUUAUCAACAUCUUAUCUACCUAUCGCUUAAACAAUACAAGUAUGGGCUAUGAUGAUGCUAAAAGAAUUGGCAAGACAAACCAAAAGAAUACCAUUCUUAAUCCAUUUGAAAUUCCUGGUGAGCUCUUGGCUUCUGGUAAUUGGAGACAAAAGACACUGAAUGAAAAAUAUGAAAUUUAUUUCCAUGACUACAGUCUCUCUCCCUUGAUGUUUUAUGAAAAUUAUUGUAAAGUAAAGCCUCAAAAGGCGUCACUCAUGUCCACCACAGGCAAUGCCAAGGAAAUUGCUUGUAAUGAAAUGGAGUUGAUUGCAAAGGCUGCUGAAGCUAUAGCAGAUGGUGACCUAGUAGAUAGCAUGAUCCAUGGAUCCUCUCAGCAAUAUUCAUUAAUGCCUGUUCAAUCCAUUUUCUCUUGUGUACGGCCAGCCUAUUAUAUGGAAGGAUACAUGCAGACAAGAACGGGCUUUCCUUCUUGGCUUGGUAAUAAUUCAAAGGCAGCUAAGUACUCGAGACUGUUAAGCGAUCUUCAGACUCGUAUGCGUGUAAAGGCAUCAGGAGAUCGAUCCGAAAUAAGACUGAACUACUUGACGACAUUGAAUGAGCGUAUCUUUGGCAACGUUGCUCAAGAGAAUUACGAGGAAGCUAUAGAAUAUAUGGAUAACUACUAUCUUGAUCGAGAAAACUUGGAAACAUUGAGUGAUCUGGUAUGUACGACUACAAAGUCACCAUUAGUAGCGCUUCCUGCAAAGACAAAGACUGCAUUUACAAGAAAGUAUAACUCAGUUAGCCAUCCCGUCUUGUUCCAGCCUGGUAGUGUACCUAUCAAGAAAGCAAUUGCUACACCAACUGAAGAUAUGACGGAUACUUUGGUUGAAGAGGACACAGACUACGUUGAAGAUACGCCAGAAGAAGAAGACAGUAGCUUAGAUGCUGAUAUUUCAGAUAGCAAGUAUAUAAAAGAAUCUAAAAAGAGAAAGAAUGGUAGUUCACAAUCAAGUCAAAGCAAGAAGGCGUCUAGUUCGCAAUCAAGCCAAACUAAGAGGGCAAAAAGUAAGAAAUAA